UUUUGGUAUUUUUUUGAAUAAAAGAAAGGAAGAAAGUGAAACCCUCUCCUUUUCUCCGAAAGGAAUGCGGAAAAUCCUGAGGGGCUGCAAAACGACAACCUCCUGCGUUCAAAACGACGACAACUCCCACCACUCCACGAUUGCGGUGUUGAGUUGAGGCAUGUUAUUCGCUCACUCCUUCAACUCAAACUCCUACUGUACUUGUUCUUCUUCGCAUCAUCGCAUCGAAUAGAGACGUUGACUUUGAAGGAAGAAGAAGAGAAUGGAGCAAUCGGUUUUGGAUGACAUAAUCAGUCGUCUCCUCGAAGUUCGUACCCGACCCGGGAAGCAGGUUCAGCUAUCGGAGUCCGAGAUCCGUCAACUCUGCGUCGUUUCCAGAGACAUUUUCUUGCAACAACCUAAUUUAUUGGAGCUCGAAGCGCCUAUUAAGAUUUGUGGUGAUGUACAUGGCCAAUAUUCUGAUCUCUUAAGGCUUUUUGAGUACGGUGGAUUACCUCCUGAAGCCAACUACUUGUUUCUGGGGGAUUAUGUGGAUCGAGGGAAACAGAGUUUAGAAACAAUUUGCCUUCUCCUUGCUUAUAAAAUAAAAUAUCCUGAGAACUUUUUCCUGUUAAGGGGAAACCAUGAAUGUGCUUCUAUAAAUCGGAUAUAUGGAUUUUAUGAUGAGUGCAAGAGAAGGUUCAAUGUAAGGUUAUGGAAGACAUUUACAGAGUGCUUCAAUUGCCUGCCCGUGGCAGCCCUUGUUGAUGAAAAGAUUUUAUGUAUGCACGGAGGACUUUCUCCUGACUUACUUAAUUUGGAUCAGAUUCGAAAUAUACAGCGGCCCACAGAUGUUCCUGAUACAGGUUUGCUUUGUGAUCUCCUUUGGUCUGACCCAAGCAAAGAAGUUCAAGAAUGGGGAAUGAAUGAUAGAGGAGUUUCAUAUACAUUUGGUGCUGAUAAGGUCUCAGAGUUUCUUCAGAAACAUGAUCUUGAUCUUGUUUGUCGUGCACAUCAGGUUGUGGAAGAUGGAUACGAGUUCUUUGCUAAUCGACAGCUUGUAACAAUAUUUUCAGCACCUAAUUAUUGUGGGGAGUUUGACAAUGCCGGUGCUAUGAUGAGUGUUGACGAGACACUAAUGUGCUCUUUCCAAAUAUUAAAGCCAGCUGAUAAAAAAACAAAGCACAAUUUUGGAAGUACUACCACUGCUAAGCCUGGAAACUCCCCAGCAGGUGUAAAGGUAGGAAGUUUAUAGAGUAUUGGCUGACAAUGUUUGCAUGGCAUCAGUAGUCCUUCCUGGGAGCGAAAGUAUGAAAUGAAAUUUUGCAAAAAGGUUGCUGCCUGCUACUUCGGUUUAGCUUGGGCUUAAACUCCUAUUGGUUGCAAGGGAGAGUCGAGUUCCUUUCGUCUAUAAUAUUUUGAAAUUGUAAAAUCAAAGGGAAACACAACUAUGAACUAUGUAAACCAUUGUUUUUUAUCGGUACAAAUUUGCAUUUCAAGAUGGAAAGCCAUAAUCUGUUUGUCUUCGUUGUACACUAAUAGCUGGUAUAUUUUCUUAACUGUAAGCUUCUCAAGCGUAGAUGGAUGCAUUCGCAUCUGUUGCUGAGGACCAUUUAUAAAUGUUUUAUACGGUUGGCAUAUAUGGAUGCCAUUUGAGGCUGGUAAAACAGAAUGUUGUCGAA